CAAGAGCAGGUAAAUCACAGACGACCCGUGUAUUAAUACAGAAAUUAAGGUUAUUUUAAGAGACACCCACACCUUGAAUAUAAGAGCAGAUUACAUUCACCACGACUGCAUUUUAUUGAGCAAUCGUCAUAUAUUAAGGUUAAAAGUUAUCUGACUAAUGCUACAUUUAAACGUUUUUUAUCCAGUCUCUUUGUGUGGCAUUUGUUGAAAUAAUUUAAACUGCUCUGAAUUAAACACUAAACCAAGCAUGUCUUUACAAUAUAGCCGGUGAGAGUAACGUGAACAUAGUUUUACAAAAUUAGGAUGGUUAAACCUUAAGAAGAAAUUGUUUAGUUAACGUGAUUUGUUUUAGUAACAACGUAAAUACAAAGCAAAAAUACAAUUAUGAACGCUAGACUAUGAUGAACAAACAAAUUCAAAAAGCGCGCCAAAUUCAAACUACCCAAUCAUGUUUGCGGACUGGUCAUGUGGAAACACGUAGGGGUUUAACCAAUCAAGGAAAGCGAACUGCUCUUUAUAAACGCUGGAGGCGACGCUCAUUUCUCAUUUUUAUACAAUCUGGACUGUGUGAGGUUGUGAGUUUGUGAAGAUGGCAAGAACCAAGCAAACUGCUCGUAAGUCUACUGGAGGAAAGGCGCCCAGGAAGCAGCUAGCAACUAAAGCUGCACGAAAGAGUGCUCCUGCUACUGGGGGCGUGAAGAAGCCUCAUCGUUACAGGCCCGGUACUGUGGCUCUGAGGGAGAUCCGCCGCUAUCAGAAAUCUACAGAGCUGCUGAUCCGCAAAUUGCCUUUCCAGCGUCUUGUCAGGGAAAUUGCUCAGGAUUUCAAAACUGACCUGCGCUUCCAGAGCUCUGCUGUUAUGGCGCUGCAAGAAGCGAGCGAAGCUUACCUAGUGGGGCUCUUUGAGGAUACCAACCUGUGUGCCAUUCACGCCAAGAGGGUUACCAUCAUGCCCAAAGACAUCCAGCUGGCCCGCCGCAUCCGUGGAGAACGCGCUUAAACCAGAUUAAAGAAACUAUUUUGAACAGGCUCUUUUCAGAGCCACCGACCUUACUGAAAAGCGUUAAUUAUCUUUUAUUUAUGGAGUUUGUUUGGGGUUUACAUUUAAAUUACCGAAGUUUAAUUAUUACAAGCAAUUACAUAUAUUUACACCCACACACUAAAUAUAAAGGCGUGUUUUUAGAGAAGCCCAGUUCCAUUUAAAGUUAAAUGCCUUUUACUUAAAGUUGGCACCAUCACUUAAAUUGUCCAAAAGCAUGCUAUUCAAACUAAUAGAGCCUAGUUGUGUUCUCAAAUGCAUGUAUUUACACACAAGGCUUCACUUUUAAUCAGAAAAUGAUCCAGCAGGAUACCGAUGAAUCGCUAGAAAUACUUAAUAAUGAAGAA